CUCUCUCAACACUCGAGCCCCCUCUAAUAGGCUGGUAAUUACCAUUCUGCCCCUGGCCAAUCAGUGGCCCUCAGUCCUCACUCUGCCCUCCUGCUGCAGCCAUGGCUCCCCAGCUCCCCGCGCUCUCUGAGUCUGAUCCCGUCCUCGAGGCCUUCCUCGCCGACAUCGGCUUCGGCCUGGGACCCGAGCCCCUAGACGUGACGACGACGAUGACGAUGGCAGCCACGCCGCCGGAGGAGGAGACGUCUGCCUCGGCGUCGGCGGCCGACGAGGCGGCGGAGCGCCGUCUCCGUCGCAAGAUCUCGAACCGGGAGUCGGCGCGGCGGUCCCGCGCGCGCAAGCAGCGGCACCUGGAGGAGAUCCGCGCGCGCGGCGGCAGGCUCCGCGCGGGGAACCGCGAGCUCGCCGCGCGCCUCCGCGGCGUGCAGGCCCGCGCCGCGCUGGUCCGGCUGACCAACGCCCGGCUGCGCGCCGAGGCCGGCGCCCUGGGCCGGCGCCUCGCGGCCGCGCGGCGCGCCAUCGCGCUGCGGCAGAUCUACGCCGCCGCGUCCGCCGCCGGCACCGGCGGCUUCGAGCUGCAGGCGCUGGCCUCGCCCCUCGCCGAUCGUGUAGCAUAUGCAUGACGACUGCCCCUGCACGCAUGUAGAAUUAAACGUGCGGCGGAUCUUUUUGACUAUCAACCAUGGACGAUCACGAUCGAUUAUAUGACCGGCCACUAGCAUGCAUGCAUGCGAUGCCAAACUCUGUACUGUACAUGGGGCCGGGCUAGCUAAUUGAUCGAUUUGGUAGCACGCAGUUGUCACUCACGCAGUCACGCUCAAGCUGAGAAUUGAAUUUCCGCAGUACGUAUGACAUUGCGAUAGAUAGAUUGAAUUUCUGCUACUUGCGUUGCGUUGUCAGGCGGGAGACGAAUUUUUCUUCUAGAUCACGCAGGCUAGCUCUUGGGUCUUGAGAGAGAUGGCACGCAGGAAAGAGACAUACUGAGCUUGCUUGCCUGCUUGUUGCUUUCUUAAAAUAUAAGAAUUAUAUUCCCUUGUCGUUGGAUCG